AUGGAUUUUAAUAUACAAAAUAAUAAUAAUAACAGUAAUAAUAAUAAUAAUAAUAAUAAUAAUAAUAAUUUUAAAUGUCAAUUAUCAUCAAAAGAAUUACAUAAUUUAAAUAUAAAAAAUAUAUUAAACAAUUGUUUAAUACAAAAGAUAAUAGUUGGAUUUUGUUGGAGAGAUACAUAUAGUUGUAGAAGAUGGAAAAUUUCAUUAUCAUUAGUGUCUUGGAGAUUCCAUUAUUUCAUAUCAAUGUAUUGUAGUGAAAAUUUAGAUUUAACAAGAUCAGAAGAAACAAUGACUUUAGAAAAAGAUAUAAAUAUAUUUUAUCACUAUAAAUUAAAUAAAUUCACAUUGUUUAGAUUUUCACCAAAGAAAAUUCAAAUCUCAACAAAUGAUUUUAAAAGAUUAUUUAGAAUACCUUUAUUAUCACAACAAUCAUAUGAUAAUAAUAAUUCUACUACUACUACUGCUGUUGCAAGUACUACUACUACAUCCACCAAUUCAUCUUUUAAUAUAGUAUCAGCUAUUAGAUGUUUAUUUUCAGCAUUAGAAUCAAUUGAAUUAGAAUAUAAUGGAUACAGUAUGGAAGAGAAUGAUUUAGCAUUAUUAUUUUCAAGUGUUGAUACCAUUAAAAAUGUUUCAGUGCAAUUUAAUGGAAAAUGUUGUUUUAAGGCAUUAUCUCAAUUAAAUAAAUGUUUAAAUAAUUUAAGAUUAGAAUCAUUCUCUUUAUUAUUUUUAGAAGAAGAUGGUGGUAGAUCUGAUAAAAUUCAAAUUAAAUUACCUGUUGUAAUGUCAACAACUACAAUUCCACAAUUAUUAUCAUCAACAUUUCAAAAAUGUACAUUAUCAUCCUCAUCGUCAUCGUCAUCAUUGGGAUCGGGAGUAAUAACAACACCAUCAUCAGCACCAUCACCAUCACCAUCAACAACUCCAACUACAACAUGUAUUAGAUCAUAUAUUUCAUCAAAAAAUGUUUCAAAUUUAAAAUCAUUACAUUUAGAAUCAGUAUCAAUUUUUAUGUUACAAGAAUUAGUUUGUUCAUUACAUCAUAAUAGAUUAAAUAAUUUAAAGGAUUUAAUUAUUAUAUUUGAUGAUUCAAAUUUAUUUAGUAGUAUUUCAAGUGAAGCAUUUUUUUCAGGUUUAUCAAGGUUACCAAAAUUAAGAUCACUUUAUUUAUCAUUAUCAAUAGUUUUCUUUAAUGUAGUUGAUCAAGAGAAAUUUAAUAUUGGUUCAUUUCAAAAGUAUUUACAAGAAGAGAAAACCUUGGAAACUUUGUCAAUUGAUUUCAUAUCGGAUGAUAUGUCAAGGGUAUUCAAUAGGGAGUUUAUAGAGUUUUUAUUUCAAGAGAAAGUAAAUUUAAAAAAGUUGAGAAUUAAUACACCAGUUUUCACAAGUUUUAUAAGUGAAAAUAAUCGAUUAACCUCAUUGACUUUGGAUUAUCAAGCUCAUUUAAAAUGUUGUCAACUUUUAGAGAUCGACAAUUUAAUUAAUAAUAUCUCUGGUAAAUCAAGAAAUUUAAAGAAAUUGGUAUUGUUGAAUGAUAAUAGAUUGUUUGUAAAUACUUUUAUCUCUAGACUCUUAACAAAUGAUAGAAAUGGUUCAAUUGAAAAUUUAAAGGCUUCAAUUGGUAAACAAGAAUUUUCUCAAAUUUUAAAUUCCCUUUCAACAAAUACAACUUUGAAAACAUUAACACUUUUAACUUCAAAUGAUAUAACUCAAGAUCAUAUUCAAUCCCUACUUUUAACCAUUCAAGAUCAUCCUUCACUUUAUAAAAUUGUAAUUGAAACAAAUUGUACAACAUUAUGUCCUUACUUUUUAAAAAAUAAUUUUUCAAUUUAUUAUAACUAUAUAAAGUUAAAAUAUUAUAUAUUUAAAAAAUAA